CCCUUGGGAGGGUGGCCCAACCGAUCCGACGCUUACACCCUUGGCCGUGGCCUGAGAUUGAAUAUCUUGUGUUUUGGAGAAGUCGAACAUAAUUUCUGUUUAGGGUACGGGCACACUCCAUUCAUUGAUCACGAAUACACGCAAAGAUGUCUCCUGACUACGCACACCACUUCUCAGAGCGCAAUAUCCCCUUUGGGAUUGCUUCAUCCGCCAGCCACUCCCAGCCCCAAGCGGUGACAAGGCUGGGGAACGACGUUAUUUUCUUGCAAGACCUCUUUGAAGCUGGGCUUUUUAGUCAUGUCAAGGACCUACCCAGUGGCGUUUUCGGCAACAGCACUCUGAACGAAUAUGCCGCCUUGUCGAAGAAUAUCCACGACAACGUUCGAGAUGUCCUAAAAGCGAACCUUAAGCCCGAGGGAGUCGAGAGUCUCCCGAACGCAUGCAGAGAAGAUGUGCACAAUGUCACGAUGCAUAUGCCAGUUGAAGUGAGGGAUUUCACUGAUUUCUCCUGUUCUUUAUUCCACGUGGAGAAUGCCGGUCGUAUCAUCAACGGUAGCAAAGGCGCACCGCCAAGCUUUGCGCAUUUUCCGUUGGGGUACCAAGGACGGACUGCCAGUAUCAUCCUCAGCGGAGAGGAAGUCGAAAGACCGCUUGGACACUUUAGAGCUCCUGCUUCUGCCAAUACGGGAAACACUUCUGUGACUUUUGGCCCGUCUCAGCGCGUGGACUACGAGGUUGAACUGGCGGCAGUCAUUGGGCGACCGCUCCUAAUGCGUCAAAGAUUGAGGCCAGCAGAUGCGGAGGAGCAUAUCUUUGGAUAUAUUCUUAUGAAUGAUUGGUCUGCUCGUGAUAUACAAGCUUUUGAAAUGCCUCCCCUAGGGCCUUUCAAUGGAAAGUCCUUGGGCACGUCUGUCUCACCAUGGAUCAUUACCACAGAAGCUCUGCAGGUUUUCCAAGUAUCUGCACCCCCCCAGUCGAUUACCUCAUCUUCUCCCCUGUAUGAGCCGAGUCGGACCACGUACGACAUCACCCUCGAGGUCGAGAUCUGCACUGGCGACACUGCGACGAAGAUGGGGUCGUGCCCAGUGCAAUCGCUGUUCUGGACUCCACGACAGAUGAUUUCCCACUCUGUGAGCAGCGGCAGCGCCCUACGAGCCGGCGACUUGUUGGCAACUGGGACCAUCAGUGGGGAAUCAGCUGGCACGUAUGGCUGUUUGCUUGAAGCCACAGAAGGUGGCUCGGCGGCCGCGAAGCUUCAAGACGGAUCGGAACGAAGAUUUCUACAAGAUGGAGACACGGUGCGAAUCGUUGGAGUUGCUGGAGGUGCAGACUCUGGAGUAGGCUUCGGCGAGUGCGUGGGCAAACUGGUCCCAAGCCGGCCCUUGCAGAGCUCAUAGAUAGAGUGGCAAGAUAGAGUAGCAGAAUGGUUGGUUCAAUGCUCCUACCAAUGCAGACAUUUCAAAC